GUCAUAUGUCGUUUGAAUUCCAAAUUUGGGGGAAGGGUACUUCAAGUAAUCCUAGAAAGAACCCCCUUGACCUAUGCGACAUUAUAAAAAAAAUCCCUGAAAAAAUCUUAAUUUAAAAAAAGCCCUAGACAUCAUUUGCGAAUAACUCCCGUACUCAACUAUGCCUUUAUAUUAUAAUCGAUUUUAUGUUAAUACUACUAUGGAGUGUAUAUUAAUAGAUGAACACAUAUUUUUUUUUUCCAUUUUACACUUUCUUCCUUCUUAUUUAAAAAAAAUAAAAUAAAUUGAAAAAAAAAAAUCCAGAGGAGUAAGUCGUUGUAAGGAACGUGAGAAGAACGAGACGAGACGAGUAAGGAAAGGAAGGUGUGGAGUGAGUUGGGAUUUUAAAAUUCAGUAGUGCUCCAAAUCAGCCGGAUUCGAAAUAGUAGGGGCUUUGGGAAAUGGGGAAAUGCAGCAACAACAACAGCCGCCUCCGAUUCGCUCAGUCUCUGAUAUUUAUGGUACGGACGAAAUAGACUUUCUACUGGAAGAAAUACGCGAUUUGGAGCCGGCCUGCUGUCACGAGGAUUUACAAGAUUUUGAGAUUGCUGGUAGCAGAGCCGGAGAAAUAUCAAUUACAACACCGCUCGAACCUCUUGAAUCGCCAUUGGAAACAUGCUCAUCAUGGGACUCGCAUCUCAAUUAUCGUGAACGUCUUGGACAAAAUCAAAUGGGAUGGGGAGGUGUUGUGCUUCAUUGUGAUGCGUCACAUCUUAAAACACCAACAGGAAUUGUUCGAAUUUUAUUGGUUAUAUCAUCAGCUUGUUGCUUGGCGUUUGAAUGUUCUGCUGGAACAGUACAAGUUGGACUUUUUUUACUGCCAUUGAUUGGACGAUUAAGAUUGAUGGUUUUUUGUGCACUUUUCUCAUUGCUAGUAACAUGUUUAAUGCUCUUUUUGGAUAUCUCACAUAUUGCACUGAUGUUUCCCUUUAAUUGGGGGAAAUUAGUAAGUAUGCUUAAUGCGUGGUUGUACCUGACGAUUGGAUUGUUAUUCAUUCUCAGCUCAUCGCUGAUCAUUCACAUGGUCUUCUUUGCUGAGGAGUUUGUAUGGGUGGUCAAAUAUACAAAAGAUACGUUAUUUGUAUCAGCUAUAAUUGGUUAUUGUUGUGCAUUAGAAGCAUUUAUACUAGCAAUUUUAGCAUGCUGUCCAUAUUGUCGUCGACGAUUCAGACGAUUCCGACGAGGUUUGAAUGAAGAUCAAGUGGGACUGCAUGAUAGGGAGCUAAGUCCGUUAAGUAGUAACGAUAUUGGUGAUAAACGUAGUAAAGUCAGCAAUAUUCCAAAUCAUUACAAUAAAACAAUGAAGAGAUCUGUAACAGAUACGAUAAGAGAGCAACUUGAAGGUGAUAUAGACAUGCCAAUGCCGAAUCAAAAGCCAGCUUAUAUUCCAAUAAAACGACCUGACCAGGUGUAUAAUCAAAAGUCAACAAUAGGCUCAAUGCGCAAAAAUCGUCAAGGAUAUCAUUAUCAACCAAUAGCAUCAACAUCACGUCAAAGUCCAACAUUCAUAAUCGAUCAUGGCUUUGACGAUCAGGAUGAUGAUGAUGAGCUAAUAAUUCCAAUAAAUCCAGGACAUAAGUUUGCGUGAUAAUAACAGAGAUUUGGCGCGAAUGAAUGAAUGAGAACAUAUGUGUGGAUGCGUGAAUGAAACAACCAUUUUUUGCGGGUAAAUAAUUAGAAAAGUAUAUUAGUUGUAUAUAAAAUCGCUCGAAUGGCUCUAAGCGUCACGACUUUUUUCCUUAUUAUUUUUUUUUUGGUCUUAAUCCUUAAAAAAAAGAUUGUAUGAACAAGAACAUGCGAAUGGGAAAUGAGAUUUUUUUUUUGAUUCUUUCCAUACAUAAGAAAUGAAACAUUUGACCCUUCCUUCCUCAUCGAAUAUAUUAAAAAAGUUGUUCAUCAUAUACAAUGAGAUAAGAAAAACUACAUUAAAUACCAUUUAUAGACAAUGUAAUUCACGAUUUACGAAUGACAUUAUUAUGAAUAAUAUAACACGAAUGAAACCAAGAAGCUUUAAAUUUUUGUAACAACAUGAGAAUCACACUUUUGUCAAUCAUUUUCUUAUUUAGUUUCGCUCACUAUAUCUAUUUAUCUAUCUAUUCUUCGUGACAAUUGCUAUCUUUUUAAUUAUAUACACCCCA